AGAGCAGUGGAGGGAUUGGCAGAGGGGUGGAGUGGAGGGGAUUGGCAGAGAGGGGUGGAGGACACUGAGUGGAGGUCAGUGGAGGGAUUGGCAGAGAGGGGUGAAGGACACUGAAUGGACAGUGGAGGGAUUGGCAGAGAGGAAUGGAGGACACUGAGUGGAGGCCAGUGGAGGGAUUGGCAGAGAGGGGUGGAGGACACUGAGUGGAGGCCAGUGGAGGGAUUGGCGGAGAGAGGGGUGGAGGACACUGAGUGGAGUAAGUGGAGGGAUGGAGAGGGGUGGAGGACACUGAGUGGAGGUCAGCAGAGAGGGGUGGAGGACACUGAUUCAUGAGGGAUAGGGGGAGGGGUGGAGGACACUGAGUGGAGGUCAGUGGAGUGAUUGGCAGAGAGGGGUGGAGGACACUGAAUGAGGCCAGUGGAGGGAUUGGCAGAGAGGGGUGGCAGAUACAGAGUGUAGGCUGGUGAGGCGAUCGGAGACUGAGGGGUGAGGUGAGGAGUAGAGAGAUAGAUUUGUGUGUCGUCGGCAU